AAUUGUAGAAUACAAAUUGAGCAACAAUCCAAUCUAAGUUUGCAAAGCUAACAUAUUUCCAAUUCACUAACUUCAUUUCAUUGAUUUCGUAGACUCGAAAUUAUCGAUAAAUUACUUGCAAAUUUACCAUAAUCCAGCUAAUCUAAUUGAUCACAAUCAAAUCGAGAGCAAGCUUUCAAAUAUGGAUAUGUUGGAAGUGACUGUGGGAAUGACUGGAAUUUUCACCUUGGUCGCCCUUCUUGGUUCAGUUAUCGCUGGCAUCCUCAUCAAGGAAGGCUACAUCAGAAAACAAGUUCAAGUGGGAUUGAUUCUCACAGCAAUAUGGAUGUACAUGUUCUGGCUGUGUGUGUACUUGCAACAAACGAACCCACUCGUUGCACCUGAUCUCAAAGUGUCCACCGCUCAAGCCAUCAUGCUCUUCUGGAAGGGAAAUCCAGUAGCAAAUGGCAGCAGCAGCGCCGCCGCCGCCGCCGCCGCCGCCGCCGCCGCCGAGUACUCAUCACCCGAAGUGGAAUAUAUACAAAUGGAUCAGUAG